AUGCGAGAACCUGCGAAACUGGUACCGUACGCGGACGAUGUUACGCUCUCCUGCCGGCAUCAUCACAUCGAACAGGCUGCGCAGCUCCUCACGGAGUUCAUGCCUGAUUUUGAAAACUUCGUCACCCAGCGCGGAAUGAUGAUCUUGGCAGCCAAGUCGUCUGUCCCUUUUUUCACGCUGGACCCGAAGGAGUUAAAUCGUCACCCGGCCAUCAUCGUCAAUGGUGAGUCCUUACUGCUCGUCCGUUAG